UUUUAACACCGGCAAAUCGGGAAGAAUCGCGAGUGGCAGCCGCCAUUUUGAAAUCUUGCAAUGUAACGCGAGCCCGCAAUCAGAAGUUUUUAACAGUAACCACGUGACGUCGAAUGUGGCUAUAAACCGCUCACAAAUUUCUAUCAUCGUAAAUACAAACGAAAAUAUCAACUGGCUUGUUUAUAACUUCGGCGAUCGACUGCCUUUCUUCCAUAGGGUAGAUCACGGUGACUUAUAUGAAAGAUUUUGGCUCGGUGUAAGGCUCAAUGUCAAGAAGAUUUCGCCCUGCAUCGCUGGGUUCCCAGAGCGGGAUUUACAGCGUUCGUGGAUCUGAAUUGGCGCGGAGCGGAAACACAACUCCUAACAAAAUUCGAUGCGUCGUGGAGCUUUUAGAUGAUUCGGAGUUUGUCAUUGAUAUUGAUAAACAUUCCAGGGGUGAAACUUUGCUAGAAGCUGUUUACAAGCAUCUUGAUUUGUUGGAAAAACAUUUCUUUGGUCUUCAAUAUGUUGCUGAUUCUCCCGACAACUUGCAAUGGCUUAAUUCUGACAAACAAAUCAGGAAACAACUGAAACGUGGUCCCCCCUACAUAUUUUAUUUUAGAGUGAGAUUUUUUGCGUCAGAUCCUUCCAAACUUUCUGAGGAUGUAACAAGAUAUCAAUUCUAUCUUCAAAUAAAACGAGACCUUUUGACUGGAAGAUUGCCAUGUUUGUACGACACUGCAGCAGAAUUAGCUUCCUAUGUACUUCAAGGUGAACUUGGUGAUUAUGACCCCAGGGCAAUGCAUGAAGCAUACGUGUCUGAAUUCCGUUUUGUACCCGACCAGUCAGAGGAUUUUGAAGAGAGGGCAGCAGAAUUUCACAAACAUCAUGGUGGCCAAAGUCCAGCAGAUGCAGAAUUCAAUUUUCUUGAGGUAGCCAAAAAUUUGGAUCUCUAUGGAGUAGACCUUCAUUUUGCUAAGGAUCAUGAUGGCCUUGAUCUUCACAUUGGAAUUUCUCCUCUUGGUUUGACUGUCUACCACAACAGAUGUAAAAUUAAUUUCUUCCCAUGGUCAAAGAUUGUAAAAGUUUGUUUUAAAAGGAAAAGAUUCUUUGUUCAGAUACGGCCAGAUUGGAAUGAAUGGACUGAUAAUGUCAUUGGUUUUCACAUGCCAACCUACAGAGCAUGCAAAACACUUUGGAAAACCUGUGUUGAAUAUCACACUUUUUAUAGAACUCAUCUUCCAAAACCAACGAACAACAAAGGCUCGCUUGUGAGGAUCGGCUCGAAGUACAGAUACAGGGGGAAAACAGAAUAUCAGGCGAUAGAAGAAGGUAGAAGACAGCCAAGAACUGAACCUAAGAUUGUGAGGACUCUCAGCAGAAGGUAUUCCAAAAGGAAUGAUGACGGUUCUCGGCGGAGAAUAGACCUUGAUCACGUGUUUGACAAAGAUGACAUGGUAUUCAACGACAAGUCUGCUGGUCUGAAUUAUUCGUCAUCUGUCCCGUCAAAUUUUGACAAAAUGAACAACUCUUUAGUUCGAAGCAAGAGCCUUGGAAUGGCGGACGCCGAGGGACAUAUGAAUCGACUAAAACCUGCUCUAACGCCAGAAUUACAUAGAAAUGGUUCUGCUAAUCAAGAAGGUCUUAUUACUAUAAGAAUGGAACCAGAUGAACAAGGACGAUUCGGAUUUAACGUCCAGGGUGGAGCUGAUAUCGAUUUACCAGUGAUUGUGUCCAAGAUCGCACGAGGAAUGCCGGCGGAUAUGUGCAUGCCGCAGCUACAGGAAGGAGAUGAGAUUGUCCACAUAAAUGGGAGAAUUGUCAAGGAAAUGCCGCAUCAAGAAAUUGUGGAUCUCAUAAGAACAAUCAGCAAAUCAAACCGACGACUACUGAUAAUGACGAUAAGACCAUUCGUUUUCACGAAUUCUGCCCCCUCGCCCGUGCAUGCGGUGAGUCCGGAGCAGUUUGCCGCGGCUGAACAGAGACACGAACAAGAAAAAGUUGUUGCCAAACAAGUAAAGGAGAAAGGGGUGGUGAAGGACACCGAAGCUCUUCGUGUUUCUAUGGAUCAACUCCGAGAGAAUCUCGAAAGCGGCGAUCUGCUCGUGUACUUUCAGGAAUUGUACAGAAAAAAGCCUGGAAUGUCUAUGGAAGAAGCGAGAAAGCCCGAAAACCUUCCACGCAACAGAUACAGAGAUAUUUUACCUUACGAUGAUACGCGAUGCAAACUUUACAAAGGAAAGAAUGACUAUAUCAACGCUAACUACGUCACGAUGGAAAUUCCUGCGAGAGGAUUACUUAACAGAUACAUAGCUGCUCAAGGUCCACUGGAGAAGACGUGCGGGGAUUUCUGGCAGAUGGUGUGGGAGCAAGAGGCAUCUCUUAUUAUUAUGCUGACUACCACAGUCGAGAGAGGAAGGGUGAAGUGUCACCAAUAUUGGCCGGAAGGAGAGGAAACUCUUACCUUUGGAGAUCUAGAAAUAGUCUGCACAAAAAUCCGCGACUUCUCACCGUCGUAUAUUUACAGAGAAAUGUAUGUCACCGAAACGAAGAGUCUUCGAAGCCGUGUUGUUGUUCAGCUACAAUAUAUUGCCUGGCCGGACCAUGAUGUUCCGGACGAUUCAACAGAUUUUCUGGAGUUUAUUCACAUUGUUCGUCAUUACCGGGAAGGAACAAACACUCCGACUGUGUUACAUUGCAGUGCGGGUGUUGGUCGAACAGGUGUUCUUAUCUUUAUGGAGUCAGCAUUCAACAUGAUUGAAAGUGCAGAACCCAUUUAUCCAUUAGAAAUCGUUCGAAAGAUGAGGGAUCAAAGAUGUUCACUCAUACAAACUCCGGGACAAUUUAUUUUUGUCCUGGAGGCACUGCUAAAAGCUUACGACGAGGAGAUGGUAAAACCGUUAUAAGUGCCAAGCACUAGAACAGAAUCUCUCGCCAGUGAAACUCCUCGGCAAGGUUGUACAGCUCGGUGGCACAACAUUGAAGUUUAACCUGAGAAAAUUCACGGUGUAGGACUAAGCCGACCUUUGAAGAAAUCAGAGGGAUGUUGAGAUUAAAAAAAAAUGAAUUGGGGUACAGAUAAGAGUCACCUUCAAUAUUUUUGGACUCGA